GUAUUUGAUCAGAUCGAUUCGGCUCUCACGCCAACGCGGUAUUGGUUUAUUUAGCCCAAAUUCAAUUAAUUUAAAUUAUCAUACGAGCAUAUACAUAGUAUACUUGUUCCGCACAAAACUCGACCAAUGAACAAAAACAUGAACAAGAAUCACUACAUCUUGAAGACGUACUGCGAUAAAAUCUUUUUGGUCGGCUCCGGAAACUUUUGGUAUCAAAAAACGGAAUCUAGAAAUGACAAAACACUGCUUUACAAAAUUUAUAGCUGCGUUUUGUUUUUUACGUAUGGCUUCAUGACGGUGCUGGAGAUCAUGGCGGCGACGAUGGGCGAUUUCCCGGAUGACGAAAAACGGGACUCCGUGACGUUUGCUUCAAGCCACACCCUUAUUAUGAUUAAAUUUAUUUCCAUAAUAAAAAACAAAGAGCUAUUGAAAACGCUGAAUCGUAAGAUGAUGAUGAUUUGCGAGGCUCACGAGGAACAAACGCUGAUGGACGAGAUGUAUCGGAUUGUGAAAAUAAAUGUUGUCGCUUAUUGUGUCGCAGUUUAUGGUUCAGUCACGUUUUUCGUGUUUGAAGGUUUGAGGAAAUUUUAUGACGGUCAGUACUAUUUAUUUGUAUUAUGAUUGCAAUGAAAGUUUUAUUUUUUUUGUAAGUAAAAAAAAAGCCCUUUUCAACUUUUAAUCAAAGGAGAUUCUGACUACAAAUGAUAUUUUUAGUGCACAAAUUAUUGAAUAAAUGUCAUAAAUAAACUAACCCCGUCCGAGCCUAUAGUCCAAACCUCACGAUUUACUUGUGGUCUGUAGCAGUUUGGAAGCCACUAUACAAUUAAGUAUAAUAAAAAACUACUAUACAAUACAAUACUCCUCAAACCGAUUGAGAGUUAUUUUUUGUAAAGUGACACUCGA